GGGGUAGGUGACGUCAAUAAAAGGGAGGGUCAGAUGUUUGUGGUGAAACAUUCCUCCCUCUUCACCUCAAGAGUUACUCCUGCUUUAAACAUUUUUAAAAUGUGUUGUUGACAUCGCUGAAUCAUUUUUCAAGUGUUAGAUCUAUAUUCCAAAGAUCUUUUUCAUCAAGACAAGCAGGGGUUUUCUUGUGUGAGCGUGGAAGACGUGGCUGUAGAUUUCCUAUUGUACCUAGGUUAUAACUCCUAUUGAAAGUCCUGCAUAGACGUGAUAUUUUGUUGUGGCACAUGACAGAAUUCACAAAGGCGCCUAAUUGUUCACUUGUCGUUCGGAGAGAGACAGUGACGUGAGCCGGACCAAAGACGAACAUGGAAAUUCCACAGAACGGCAACAUGCCCGAGAAGUCCCCUCCGCUGGACACAGCCGGGGUUGAGAUGACCAUAUCUAAUGGGAAAAAGAUACCGAUAUACAGUGCUGACGAUGAGCCGGAGCCCAAGAUGAACAAACGGCAGAUCCUGAAGAACGUGUUCGUGGUCAGCCUGGGAUUUACAUUUCUCUUCACGGCCUUUCAGGCUAUGUCCAACUUACAGACAAGUCUCAACAGGGAAGAAGGUGUGGGAGCCUGGAGUCUGUCCACCGUCUACGUGGCCCUGAUCGUGUCCUGCAUGUUCCUGCCGGACUUCGUCAUCUCUCGCCUGGGCUGUAAGUGGACCAUCCCGCUGUCCAUGGUGGGCUACGUGCUCUACAUGGGCGCAAACUUCUACGCCGUCAAAGGCACCCUGAUCCCAGCGGCUAUCAUCCUUGGCCUGGGAGCUGCACCUCUCUGGUCUGCUAAAUGUACCUACCUAACUCAGAUCGGGGUCUGGUAUGCCAAACUGACCAAUCAGGACAAAGACAGCGUCAUUAACUCAUUCUUUGGAUUCUUCUUCUUGUUUUUCCAGAGCUCUCAGAUCUGGGGAAAUCUCAUUUCCUCCACGAUAUUCGCCAAGGGUGAAGACAACAGCACGAAGUCCUCCGACUUUUGUGGCGCCAAUUUCUGCCCCGACGACGCCAAGUCAAACACGUCCUCCAACUUUGAACAGCCUCAAGAUCGGGUGUACAUCGUCUGUGGCAUCUACCUGGGAUGCGCUAUCGUCGCAGCCAUCAUUGUGUCCCUUUUCCUGGACAAGAUCUUGCUGGACAAGGAGACAACGGAAGAUGAGAGGCGGCUGAGCCCCAGGCUUCUGAUCUCUACCUUCAAGCAUUUGUUCUCCUCACCCACGCAGAUGCUGCUCAUUCCACUGACUAUUUACAGUGGCGUCGAGCAAGCUUUCAUCGGUGGAGAUUACACUAAGUCGUACAUCAGCUGUUCCCUGGGUAUCUGGAAUGUCGGCUACGUCAUGAUCUGCUACGGUGUGGUAGACGCCAUCUGCUCCAUCCUGUUCGGUCGUCUGGUCAAGUACGUGGGUCACGUGCCAUUCUUCGCACUAGAACGAAACUGUACAUCUGCCUUGGAGUCCUUGCCACGGGAAUGCUGGGCUACACUGCAGUGGAAGUGAUGAGCUGGAAGGACAAGCGGGGGAAAAUGGACAUGGCUGAAGGCAACAAGUAGGCCUUCUUGCCCCAGAUAUGACGUGCCUUAAAAUUAUUAUUCUCCACAUCUGAAGGAUGGAUUGUGUUUGAACCAUCUGUCUUUUGUAUUGUACUAUUAUUGUGCAUGUGUGGUGCUGUGCUUGCAGUCGAAGUAACAUGUUCUAUUAAAAUAAAAACCAUUGCCAUUUCAAAUAUCUUCUGACUAAAACGAAUAAAUAUACAUAUUAUAUUUUUGCUGCAUUUAUGGAAAACACGUGUCCGUAAUUCCUUGUGAAUGCAGGAGACACAGAACAACGUACCCAGUCCUGGUUAUCCCGAGUAGACGAUAGCAUGUGUUUAGACGUCGCUAUAACUGUCGGAAUCAUGGGAAUAGAAGACAAAGGUUUCUCAUUUCCUUUGAUUUAUUAAACUCUUUGUGUGAGUAGAGUUUGCCACACGGAUCAAACAAAUGAAGGCGUCAAGUCGGAAAACAGUAAACAGCUCCGGCUCUUCUUUAUUUUAAUGGCCUAUUACCCCGAGCUAAUGCUUUGUGAUGGUGCUGUAAAGGUGAACAAGAAAAGCUGUCGUCAGUGCCGGAGCGCACAGUACUCCCCCCUCGCCCCUUUUUGUGCCCGCUAUCAACAGACACACAAACAUACAAAUACUUCACACCAUUCGAAGAGGACAAAAUGAACAAAGUAAAGAAACACAUUUUUAAAAAGCAAACCAAAAAAACAAACCAAAAAACAAACAAAAAAAACAAAGCAAUUAAUCCCGAAAGACACACAUUGCAAAUAUUUGAGCUUAGAUAAGCACAGGUGGUGGGAAUAUCGUUGAUGUAUUCAAUUCCAUGCAAGUUAUUCUUCAACGGUCUUCAGUUUUAGUAUGUGCUCCCUAUAGCUUUUGUGUAUGUGUGUGUGUGUGUGUGUGUGUGUGUGUGUGUGUGUGUGUGUGUGUGUGUGUGUGUGUGUAAGUGUGUGUGUGUGUGUGUGUAUGAGUGUGUGUGUAAGUGUGUGUUUGUUUUGCUUUUUAAAAUAUAUGUUUGGGAGAACGCUCACCACAAUCCAACCGUUUAGUUUAAUUCCAUACUACGUGUUCGAUGAUAAUGUUUCAAAUUUUGUUGAAACCGUUUCUUUAGAAACAAACUUUAUUGGGUAUCGUUUUAGGACCGUCUGAUCGUCUUAACAUUUCCUUCGAUGCUCAGUUACGUAAUAGUGUGCCUCUGCGAAACGUCUCGCUGCUCGUGGCUUGAACAUCGGUUGAGUUAAAGCGUAGCACUGAUAUCUCGGUAUAAUUACAAGGUAUUUUUUUAAAAAUAUAUACCUGCAACAAUGGUCAUGAAACAAUCUAAGCAAAGUGCUCAAGGCAUCUUCGAAAUGCCUGUCUAAAGUGCUUUUGAAAGCCUAUCUAAUGUGCCUUUUAAAACCUAACGGGUAAAAUAAAGUGCCAAUAUAAGUGUUUUUGGGUUCAAAUUACAUGCAUGGUACGUCACCCACGGAAUGAAAAAA